CGCGCACCUGAUGUCGAUGACGUAAUUCCUGUCAUGCGCACUUGCAACGGCGCGGGAUUUAAAUUUUGAUUGCAAUUAAUCAUGUCGGAUGUUGGAGAUUCGUUUGAAAUUGAAGAAUGGCUUCAAGAAAUAUUAGGAAAAGGGGAUUAUCUGUAUGAAGCUAAUAACCGAAGUUUGUGUGUACUGAAGCAGCUGAUGUGUAUAAACAAAAUUUCAAAGAAGAACGAUGCGUUAAGAUUAUCCGAUUUAAAUGACAAAAUCCUCGAGUACCGACAAGAAAUGUUGUAUUACAAAAUAGCCACAGAAUAUCUUGGCGUUGUUCCUUCUCAACUAAAUACGUCUGGCUUCAGUAAUCUGAAAACAUUGACCACACUUGCCCAGAAACUGUUUUCGAAUCAAAUUAAUGAUAAUUUCAGUGACAAUUGUUAUAUAAUGGCAUUAAUGUAUUUGCACCAAAAAGUUGCUCUGUUGAAGAAUGAUUGCAUCGCUCACAAGCAAAGCCUUUUCGACUUGAAUUCCUCCAGCAGUGGCCAAAUUGAUAACGAACAACUCAUAGAAACAACUGACUGUUUACGUCAAAGAAUGACCUCUUCGAAAUUAGAAGAAGAGAUGAAAAUGAGUAAAUAUUAUGCGUCAAAGAACAAUUCCUAUAAAAAUCGGUUUAACCAAGAGAACAAGAAAUUAACUCAAACAGGCGUUAAAUCUCAUCUACAUCAUGGACACUUGAGGAAAACUUCUCAGGAGGUAUCCAAAUUGCAGAGAUUAACUUCCACAAUUCAAAUGAAAUUGUCAGUCUAUGAAAAAUUGCCUGCAAGUUUUAAUUUAUUGAACAUAACAUUAGCUGAAAAACAAGCUGAGAAGGCAUCCUUGGAAGAAAAAUUAAAUCUGCUUUUUAAACAAGUUGACAUCUCUGAGGAACUGAAAUAAUAACAAAGAUUAUCAAAUUAUGAGAUUGUUGUGCUAAAAUAGUCUCAUCAUCCUCAUUUUUUUUUUUUUCUUUCCAUGCUUCCAUGGGUUGAAUGCAUUUUCUUGGGUAUGGCUGUAAGGUGAAGAAAUUUCUUUCCCGACUACCUGGGUUCAGGUUUAGCUUCACUGCAUGGCACCUCAGGCAAAUGUCUCUUACUAUAGCCCCAAGCUGACCAAAUCUGUGUCAGUCACAGAGUAUAUCUCCAUAUUUUUUUUUUCAACUAUGCAGAUAGCUAGCACAUUUUUGCUGGAUAUUUUCAGCAUUUCAGUGACUAUCCCUAAUGUUUCUGCUCUCAACUUCAAUAACGGGUGCCUCAUGUUAAUAAUGAUGUCUGUUGCUUUUAACUGCAACAAACAUAGUAAUAUUACUGAUAUUGUAUAGACUAAAAAAGAAACGAUUGUUUUGAAAUUGAUAAAAAAAAAAAGUUGAAAUAUGGAUUGCAGUGUUAUACAGACAAAAUAAAAAUAAAAAAAGGAACGAUAUUCUCAUAGCUGAGACUGAAAAUUUGAAACAGUGUCAGAAAAAUUUAGUUGGUAAGAACACUGAAAAGAUAGAAAUAUUCUAUUAAAAGCCUCAUGCAUAGAAAUGACUUGGUGCCAAAAAUGUAAUGGAAAACAGAAUUGGCUUAGCAAAAUACAUAAUACUCUAAGUAACCAAUUUUAACUCCAGGACUCCUCCUUACUCAUCUGGUGUUCACAGUUGUCAACUACAUAUAGUAUCCAUCCUAUUGCAGUCACUUCCAAGGAUACACCUUGUUAAUGAGCUUUAAUCUGUUGGCCACUGGAAACUCAGAAAUUUCACAGCUGCUUAAGAGUUGUGAUCCUUGUUAAUCCCCAGCAAGAUUAUCUCCUAUUCCAUGUACUAUCAUCCAUCUGUAUUUAGAGCAAGCAACCAUGCACAACACAUUGAUAUGUAACCUGAUACUGCCAAAUGAAAUAGUAACUGCUGUUGCUGAAUUGCCAUUCUUCAUAGAGGACCAAUUGACACUAACAUCCAUCCUAUCAACUGCAGGGAGCAAAAAUGCAAGAAUUGCUGUUGUGGACUAGCUGAACUGACCAAUGGAGGCCUAAAUAUUGCCACUGUGAAACCAUCUUAAAUUCUCUCCAAUCUGACUCCAGACGUAUAAGGACAUGCAUGUUUUCUUACAUCCAUGACUCUAAAGUUAAGUCAACAGGUUAUUAAAUACAUAAAACUACAACAAUGUUGAGUGCUGCUUUCUUUCAUUUGCUCACCUACUCAUGUGAUGUGUCUACAUAUUUCUAUUUGAGAACAGGGCUUAUAGAUAUACAAAAAGAGUACUCAGUGCUUCCACAAGUAAACUGUUAUAAUCUCUAGUAAGCUCAGUCCCAACUGUCAAGCUGUUGAAUGGGAGAAAUUGUACAGUACAAUAUGUUGGGAGUCUUUUUUAAGCCACCUUGUAACAGCAUGGGUGAUAAAAAAGAUUGAAUAGCAUCAGGUCCAAAGCUAUUGACCAUCAUACAAGUGGCAUCCCAAUUUGAAUAGGUAAGAUAACAAAUAGAACAGUACAUGAAGGAGUUUCCAUCGAAAGCUAAUAUAUUUUAUAAAUGGUAGUGGCAUGGUUAUGCCAUUAAGAAGUUCAAAACCAACCAUUUCUAGGCUGCAUUCCAGUCUGCAGGUCUUAUACAACUGAACUGGACCAACCCAGCACCUCAUAAGUAAAUACUGAUAUUGCACAGCUUUGCUUUGAGUAAUGCUGUGAAUCAUGUUUAAAUGAUCCUUCACAAUGUGCUUUCAAAGACCUGUGGAUUAAAAUGUCUUUUGCUUUGAAAACAAGUACGGUAGUGGGGCUGAAUGGGAUAGAAAGAUGUAUGCAUAUAAAAUUACACUUGCUGUGUUGGGCAUAAUUCAAGCCACUGGCAAAUGAAUAGUAUAGAAAAUAGUCUACCUAGCAUAGCUAAGUUCUUGAUUGUAUUUGUUAUAAAUAGCAAAGGCUCUAAAUUCUCUUCAUGGGCAAAAGGAGUGCUCUUCUGAUGAAUGGUCAAUAGACCAUGAAACUCAUCUGAUUAUAAAGUUCCACGGGGAAAAGUUUCAAAAUAUGCUUUAAUCAUUUUAGAUUUAGGUUUUCUAACACAUACUAUGUAGUACAUAAAUGUUUAUCAAAUAUUUUAAAUACUUUUGAUAUUUGCUACAUGUGUUUAUAUAACUGAGAAAUAAACUGUAAGGUGAGGGAAAAAAAUUACUGUUACACAUUAGAGGGACAAAUAAAACAAAGGCAAUUGUUAAAUUAAAUUAUUCUGAACUGACGAAAUAAAUUAUGGAUAAUUUCCAAAAGGGGAUCAUUUUUGUAGGUAAGUUAUGACAAAUAUUGAUAAAUAACUGCAUCAUUAUUAUUAAGGCAGUGUGCUGGAUGAAAUGCUUAGCAGUAGUUUGCCUUUCAUCCUUUCAGGGGUCAAUAAAUUAAGUACCUGUAAAAUACUGGAGUCAAUUGGCUAGUCCCCUCUCCCUAAAUUUCAGGCCUUGUGCCUAUAGCAGAAAGGAUUAUUAUUAUUGUAAUAUCCUCAGUUUUCAGUACAAACACAAUAGCAUUUCAUCAUUUAUAAAAACUACAGUAUUAAAAUAAUUUGCUUUAAUAGAACACAAAUUAUAUUGGAUUACUUCAACUUGUUUACUAAAAAAUACAAGCAAAUUUAUUCAUAGGAAACCUUGGCACAUAUUUUCUACCCGUCAGAGUGUAAGUAU